AUCUGCGCAAGGUUCUGGAAAUUUUGCCGGGUCGACUUUUUUGCAUCCAUCCAUUCUUCGCUAAUCGACUGUCGCGUUUCGCAGUUCGUGCUCUCGUGUUCACGGUUUUCAGUGCAGUGCAAAAGUGAUUUUUUUUUUGAGUGCAAAUAUCGUGCAGGACAUACUGAUCUCGAACAACGAUGUCGGCCAAUUCGGUGCUGUUGGAUUUCUCGCUGGACCCGACCCGGAUCAACGAUGAAGUGUCGCGCAAAGACAUCGUGAAGUUAUGCAAGGAGCACCUGGAAAAGUUCAUUUCCGGCCUGAAAAUCACCUACGACAUGCUGACCGACGAUGGCUAUCUGUGCAUCCUGAACGCCCCGGGGGCAAUCAUCACGACCAUUAGGUUCUUUAACCAGGGUCUCAUCACGAUCAACAUCGAGUACUAUCGGGCCGAGAGCGAGGCGCCAAAAAUCACCUUCGAACAAAUCAAGUCAUUAGAGAACAAUUUACGUCUAAAGUUAGAGGCAAAGCGCUCCAAGCAUCUACCACCGAUAAAAAGAGGCAGUUAUAUUGAUGUAUACCUAACGAGCUCAGAUGAACGAGUAAUCGAAUACGAUAUCGACAAGGUGCUUUACGACAAGCGUUCCGAUUUUCAAAAAAUCCAAAUCGUUCAUUCCAAGAGCCUGGGUAACAUGCUCGUUUUGGAUGAACUACAAAAUAUCGCCGAAGCUGAUCUCAUCUACACGGAAACGCUGAUGCGCCGGGGUGUCGAAAACUACAAAGACAAGGAAAUCUGCAUUCUCGGCGGUGGCGAUGGUGCGCUCCUGUACGAGCUCCUCAAGGAAGAACCAAAGCACGUGGUAAUGUUGGAAAUUGACGAUCUCGUUAUGGAAGCCUGCAACAAGUACAUGAACUCCAUCUGCGGUGACGUGCUGGAAAAACGCAAGAGUGACAACUACGAAAUUGUCGUCGGAGACUGCAUGAUGUACUUGAACAAGUUCAUCAAGGAGGGACGCAAAUUUGACUACGUCUUUGGCGACUUGACCGAUAUCCCGAUUUCCGAUACACCGACCGGGGAGAUCUGGGACUUUAUCCGCGUCAUUCUCGAAUCGUCGUUCAAGGUGCUCAAACCGGACGGAAAAUUCAUGACUCAUGGCAAUGGAGUCAGCUGUCCAGAAUCUCUUCAGAUGUAUGAAGACCAACUAGCAAGGCUUACACCAAAGGUUAACUUCACAAAGUGCAGCGCAUUUGUGCCAUCGUUCAUGGAAGAGUGGGUAUUCUAUCAAGUGCAGUGUGCGUCGGAGGCUGCGGCCAGCGUUUGACUUCCAUACCAAACAGAUGCUUUCGAAGCUCAAACAAUCGAGGCGGCAGACCUUCGAUUGCCAACCUGCGCCUACAGCGAGCGGUGUUGCAGUGGGUGCAACAAUACGACAGUAACCAACCUAGAACAUCAACCUCUUCUUCCAGUCUCGAUGUCAGUGCACUCUAAGUAUAAUAGCAUUUCAACUUUCAACAGCAUUAUGGAACUGCUCACUACGAUAUACGGUAGCAGAUACUUAUUAUAGUAGUAGCACGUUAUUAUAACAAAUAUUUAUUAGCACAGUAUAGAUUAGAUCAGAGGUCAAAGUUAAACUUUCGACUGUGUACUUUUGUGAAGACCUAGGAACCUCUUAUAAGUGGCCAUACUCCUAGUUUACUUAAUUUCGUGAUCUAGCAUUCGCUACCUCCUUAACCUCGUUAUACGUUUUAAUCUGUUUUAUUGUUUUCAAUUGCAUUUAGUUGGCAGUUAACUUACUUCAAGCACAAACUAGUUAUGUUGUACUUUACGAAACGGAUUGCUUUACAUCAGUUCCUGGUAGCAGCUAUCAUGGUUCUAUUCGAUUCAUGAAAACAUCAUCUAAGUUAUUACAACAUAAAACAAACUAAUAUGAGUAGUGUGUAUAAACAAUUGGACGUGCAAAUUAGCGAAUUUUAUGUUGGUAAAUGUAAGGUCGUAGCAACAAAGAGAGUAAUAAAAGACAUUAAUAAGAUGAAUCUGGUACCUUACGCCGACUACUGUUUCAAUUCUUUCCCAUGGUGUUAUAGAGUAGGUAUUUCGCUGAAAAACAAUAAACAAAUUUCGAAUCCCCCCGUAAAA